AUGUUAGAAUCUCGCGAGCCUCAUCUGAGACCAAACAGAGGCUUGGUGAAUGGAGAGAAGGGUUUCUACAAAGGUUUGUGUUACUCGUAGGUUUAUCGAUAACUUCAAAGUAUAAGCUCUUAACUCUAUUUUUUUCUUUUUUCUCCCAAGGAAAAAUCAAACAACAUAAGAUGAUAUCACCUAUAAUGAUCGACAAUCAAAUUGUAAGUAGUUUUCUGUUGUAGCCCCUUUGGGGGAGGGGAGGGGAGGAUGAGUAAGAAAACGAUAAUUCAAGGGUAUGGAUUUAAUUAUAUAACUGGACAUGCCGUCUCUCAGUCUCUAUAUUAGGGAGCUUGAAUCAUUUUACGUAUCUGGGUAGAUCUGGGUAAGUGACCUCCUACCCUUCCCCCAAACCAACAUCAACACUUACUUCUCUGCACUGAGGACAAAAUGUUGAUUUAGGGGAUGGGUAGGUGGUCAGUUACCCAGAAACGUAUAAGAGGGUCUCAAUGGGGUGGUGGCUUUUACGGUUAUCGGCUAAAAUUUUGGCUCUUUUACGGCUAUCGGUUAAUUUUUUUCCGUUACGGUUAACAAAAAAGUUAAAAAUUAACUUCUGUUGUUUCAAAAAGUUAAAUAUUAUUUAACCUGUAUUUUUUUUGUAUCUUUAAAUCAAAAUAAAGGUCUUCGGAUCAUCUCGGGUGAAAUAAGCUAUUCUUUUGAAAGAUUUUAACAUUUGAUAGAUCAUACUUGUUAUAAAGUAUUCCACUUCUAAUGUUAUCUUACACAUAGAAAUGUCAAUAGUCAAUUUAAAAAUAAUCUUUGUGAAAAAGCAAAACUGAGCAGACACGCGAACGCCCAACUCAAGGCCGGAGUACGACAUUCAUUAUAACACUAAUGGCCGUUUUCACACUAGAGACGGAUUAUUCGUGUGAGACGGGUUAUCCGUUUGAUUAUUCGUCGUGUCAGAUAGGUAAUACGUCUUAAUUUGAAAAUGAAAUAGUUUUAAUUUUGAAUGAACAAUCCGCCUGACUUUUGCAGACGGGAUUAUCCGUUCCAGAUAGCCUGUGUACAGUCACCCACUCCCCUCAGAAAAAGUCGGAGAAGGGGUGUCUGUGGGGAGGGCGCGACUGUACAGAGACUAGUCAGACGGAUAAUCCAUUUCUAGCUCUAGUGUGAAAACGGCCAAUAACAAAAUUACCGAGUCCAGUGUUUUUAAUGAUAGCAAAGGACUGUACGGAACGACCGUCUGCCGUUGCCUUGUCCGUAGGCCUCAUUAUUCCGCGCGGCUAAUUCUUUUCGGGUCACGUGGUCCGAGCGAGUUCGCCACCGAAAUGCCUUGACCGAGAUUGCGUGGGAAGACGCCGUACAGGGAUUAGGCAUGGCCAUGUCUACCGUAGCGUCAGAGAAAAACAGGGAAAUGUUGUUCAUCGGCAACGUGUUUUACAAACAGAGACAUCUCUGCGUACUGUUUCACUAGUGUUUCGAGGACACGACCUCCUGAAUAUUAAUCCGCAGCAAGAAGCCACACUUUCGCUUUGGAAAAAAUUAGUUCCCCAGGAGAGCGGCGGAAAUGGAGCCUAGGUCUUGGUCAACAACUAAAAGGCGCUUCGCCUAACGUGCGUACGGAAUCACUCUAGCCAGCAAAUAAAAAAACGCAACCAUAAGUGAGUUUAGUACCUUCAUUAAAAGUAACAAAUCUAGGGAACAGUUUCUUUUACGGUUAACUCUUUUUUACCCUAUUUACGGCUAACGGUUAAAAUUUUUCAAUUUUUACGGCUAUCGACUAAAUUUUUUGCCGUUUUACGCCUAUCGGUUAACCCCAUUGAGACCCUCGUAUAACGAUCCGGGAGCUUAAGCAACGACGACGUCGACGUCAACGAGAACGGCAAAAAAGCAAUUGGUUUAGAUUUGCAAAACAACAACUUUGCACGUGCGUCACGCUUUUUUGUACAUUUCUUUGCCGUCAGUGCACGACUACGACAUGAAAAUGCCUAAUUUUACGUUUUGUGGAGGACGUGAACAUAAGGUAACGACUUUCUUUUUGUUUUCCUGAACUUUGAUGCAGUGUUUUAGAAUUCAACUCCAGAAAAAUUUGCCAACAUUUGACGAACUGAACGAGAUGGAAUAAGCGCGAGAAAGUUUGAAGCAGUGCGACUUCACUUUUUAAGUGACGUAUUCGUUGCCGUCGCCGUCGUUGUUGCCUAAGCUCCCUAUUAUGACUCAAACAACCUGUUUAUUUACCAGUUGUCUUGAUAAACGUUGGGUGUUUCCCGCUUUUUAUUUUAACUCCUCGUCUCUACUGCUCCUUUAAACAAAAUUUUUUUUUCUUUAGGCUCCUCCAGAUGGAAAAAGGUUUGACGGCAAAGCUGUUGACCCAGGUAACUGGUUAGCAUUAUUUAAGAAUAACAUUAACAGAUAAAAGGAUUACCCGGCGGACAUUGCCUUGGAAAUAAAUGGCAAUUGCACCUUUUUACUCUUCUUAAUUGGCUGAAAAAUCUUGCACCACCUUCCCAACUAAUCCCGAAUAAAAACCGAAAACAAAACUAGCGGCGUCUAUUUCUUCGAGUUUUAAUUGGCUUGUUUGAAUUUGUGCUGGCGUAUCGUUUGCUCGACACUUAUAGCUGAAGGUAGUUAUAAUGUUUUUCAUCAUCUUUCCUUCAUAGUUUCCGGAAAAUUAUACGCCUUUAACAAAACAACUGGUGAACGCAUGUGGAUACAGGACAUGCGCGAUAGUAGAAAUGGGCCCCAGUCCUAUUACGCCAACCGCAACACGCAAUCAAGGUUUAGUGAUUCCCAACACAGAGUACAAGACCUACCCCCACCCCGAGCGUCGAUAGAGACAGUACACGGGCGAAACAACAGGGCGAAUCGUCUGCAGUUGCCAGGGACACCAGAGUAG